AUGGGGGCGGAGAAUGGCGGCGGGUGGGGAUACAGAGGCAUGUCGUCCGACAACAUUAAGGGUUUGGUCUUGGCCCUGUCGUCCAGCGUCUUCAUAGGCGCCAGCUUCAUUGUCAAGAAGAAGGGGUUGAAGAAGGCGGGUGCCUCUGGUGUGAGGGCAGGUGUGGAUCUAUUUUUCAUUGUGGUAUUGUGUUCUUAUUUGUUCCGAAACGCUCAUGCAGAAGGGGUGGCAGUUGGUAAAUUUGUUCCCUGGGGUUAUUUAGGCCUUUCGCCUGUAAUCUCCUUUGCCUUGUCAUCGAUUGAGUUAGCUUUGCAUCGUCAGGCUUUGUUCACAACGAAUCGUGAAAUUCUUUGACUCCCAGGUUUAAACAACCGUGAAACUCAGGGAACCAAUUCCAAAUAAUACUUUCUUUUCCUAGAGUUCGAGUAGAAAACCAGAUCAUGAACUCCAUACACGUAUAACGACUGGAAGGAUCCUUACUGAUGAUGUUAUCGUGGGCUUUUCGUCCGUGUGAUUCUAUUUUCUUAAAAGCUUUCCAGAGGUAGUCCAUUCCUUUUCUUUGAAGGAUUCAUCGUUUUUUUGGCCCAGCUUGAUAGAUUUGUGUAUGUCUAUGUGCGAUUAAAGGGGGUCGGGGUGGACGUGGUGGUAUGCCACUACACAUCUGUCAGCGUAUUGUGAUUGUUGUGAGUAGGAAAGUGCCAUUGGUAUCGAGGCGUUUCUCAAAGUGGGAAGCAGAGGACUAGGAGAGUCUAACAAGGGAGUUUUUUCUUUCUUUUUAGGGUUUAUAGUCGCUGUGGCCGGAAAUCUUUUUUUCCAAUGAUUCUAAGAUGGAAAAAUAAAAUCUGUUUUAUUGAAAAUGUGAAGCUCUUUAAAAUAAUAAAACCCGUUAUAGUCAUUUUAUGAAAAUCAAGGGAAAUGUUGGAAAACCGGUUAUUUUCAUUUUAUGGAUAAGCUUUUGUCUCUUUGAUGUUAGAGGAUUUGAGGUGAUCCUUUUCAUUAUCGCCGAUUUUUCCUUUUUCCUUGUUACCGAGGAUUUGGUUGUUCUGCGUUUCACAAAGCCAUGAUACGCGAUAGCUUCUCGUAAAAUAUGAGAAAAUUAAAUUGAGGUUGAAUUAUCAGUUGUGUGUGUCUUUGAAUUCGUCAUAGGUGUUUAACAUGAUUACCUUGUCAUUUCCUAUCUGUAAGUUGUUUCCCUUUUUAUCACUUCUGCCCGUUGGUAGCCCGGUUCACCUUUUUAUUAAGGUGAUGUCACUCCAAGAAGAUAGCAUUUGGGUCGUCAUCCAAUAUCCCGCACACGUCAAAUUGGCCCAUUCUGUGUGUAUUCCUCGCUUUCAGCUUAACAUAUUCGUGCAGACAAGCAUAGUUUGAGUACCCGUUGACAUUGAGGUUUCAUUUUAUCGAUUUGUUUUUUAAAUGAGCAGGUGCUGGUGGUUAUUCUUACUUAUAUGAGCCUCUAUGGUGGGCAGGCAUGAUAACAAGUAAGCUGGCUUAUCUGAGCUUCUUUGGUAGACGCUUUUUUCUUUUUACCACGAAAAAAAGAUGAAUACUGAUUAUUGUGGUUUUGAAUUUUUAUAGUGAUUGUUGGGGAAGUUGCUAAUUUUGCUGCAUAUGCGUUUGCUCCAGCAAUCCUUGUCACACCGCUUGGUGCUCUUAGCAUAAUCAUCAGGCACGAAUUUGAAUCAAAUGUCAUCUUGUGCUUCUGUGUUCUGCUGGUUUUGAUAUUUUACAUUGUCCAUUUUAUGUUACAGCGCUGCACUUGCUCAUGUCAUCUUACAGGAAAGACUAAAUGUCUUUGGUAUUCUCGGUUGUGUUCUGUGCAUUGUUGGUUCCACUACAAUUGUUCUUCAUGCACCUCAAGAACGUGAAAUUGAAUCUGUGAAGGAAGUAUGGAAUCUUGCUACUGAGCCAGGUACCAUGAUUCAUUUUAUUCAUGCCCUUUUUAUCUGUCAUUUCUUUGAAAUGACAUUAUCAGUCCUUGGUCAACAGGCCAACGUAGUGAUUAGUUCUCUAAUUAUUUCUACGUGUUGUCUGCAGUCUUUCUCUUGUAUGCCAUGGCUGUAGUUGCAACUGUCUUCAUACUAAUAUUCCGCUACAUUCCACAAUAUGGGCAGACACAUAUCAUGGUAUAUAUCGGUGUGUGUUCCCUUGUGGGUUCUCUGUCGGUAUGUACAUACUAAAUGUUUACCUUAUUAAUGUAAUGCGUUUCAAUUACUCAUUUUCUGACGUAAUAAUAUUCUCUCACAGGUCAUGAGUGUCAAAGCUCUAGGGAUUGCCCUAAAACUCACUUUUUCAGGAAUGAACCAGUUAAUAUAUCCAGAAACAUGGGCAUUUACCAUAGUUGUGGGUAUCUGUGUCAUUACCCAAAUGAAUUAUCUCAACAAGGUGACUUGGUGUGCUUCUAUUGCAAGAGAACUGCUUUCGGCUUUUUGCUUGUUUCAGAAAACUUGUCCAGUUUCCUCCCCAUGCUACAUCGCUGGAUCGACUGCCAUUUCAUAGAAUUUACUGAUUGCUAAGUGGGAUUCGCCCGCCAAUCCGCAUCAUCCUUGUAAAAAUAGAGUGACAUUUGCUUAGUACUUCAGAAGAUGAUUUUCCAAGUAUAUAGAGUGCAUCCAUCUUUGUAAUUCCUCUCUUCAAUUAUUGAUCCCAUGUACUUGAUGUGGCUGUUUCGAGUUAGUGGCUGUUUGAUUGAUUGGAUUGGGCUUUUAUUUGAAUUCGUUCUUAUAAUUUCUAGGUUUCACUAUCGACCAUAUAAAUGUGCUCAUCUUUCAUCAGUGCAGGCAUUUUUAUCAAAUGCAUGGUGGAUGAUGGGAUGAAAUGAUACCAUUUUAGGGGUUUAUAAUUCAUAAAAAAACGCUCUGAGAUUUGUAACAUGUUUACUCUCGUUUCAGGCCCUUGACACAUUCAACACAGCAGUUGUUUCACCUAUAUACUACGUGAUGUUUACCUCAUUCACCAUUUUAGCUAGUGUGAUCAUGUUCAAGGUUAGUGCCCCUGCCCUUGGAAUUGGUUGCUGCGUUGCAUCAUAAUCCUCCCGUUUCCAAUGUUGUUUAGGUUUUCAUAAUUAUUUGCUCUUCAACUGUGAGAACAAAUAUUUCACUCCAUCCUGAUAAUAUAUAUUUGCCAGAUUUAAAGAUCGAAACUGUGAUGUGAAUGAAUCCCCGAAAAUCCCAUUUGAAUAAUUUACGGGAAAUAGCUGUUAAUUGGCGUUUGCAUCACAAGGAAUUGAAAUCUAUAACGCACCCUCUGGGCCUUGGCAGGCUGUUCUCGAUUGGUCUCCACCAUUGAUAGAAAGCUUCUUAGUCUAGAUCAGUCCUGUUUCUUGGUCAGAUGAUGCCCAACAGGGGAUCCUCAUUUUUAGGGUUGCUACUUAAAGGAUUGCCCCCCUCUCCCGUUUCAGCCUUGUAGUUAGACAGACUGAGUGUACUGCGGCUGAAUAACAGUAGACAGAUGCCUAAUCCGUCCACACCGUGGCCAUCAUUCUAUGGAGCGUGUUCAUGUGAGGCUCUUUUAGAGAAGAGGAAUACUUGCUUGCAUGCUACCUCUGAAGCUUAGUUAGUUCAAGGAAUCCGAAGUACUGAGGUUUCUCUGCCCCUGGAGAUUUUGAAAAUGUUGGUUCGCGAUGAUGCUGUAUUGGGGUAAAUGGGAGGUGAAACCCAAUCCUGGCGAGAGAUUGAUGAUAAUAUUUUCAUCAUCAAUCCUGGUUGAAAAAGAUUAUGUGGAUGAUGAACUGAUGAUACGGCAUUUAUCUGCAAUAAAAGCUCCUCUCAUGGGGAGGAUGCAGACUUGAGGAGAGGGGAAUUCUCUCUCGUCCUCUUCCUACUGCUGAGGGAGCCGCUCUGUCUGAACCAUUCAUGCAAUUAUUUCUUCCUCAGGACUGGGACCGGCAGAACCCGACCCAGAUUGUCACUGAAAUGUGCGGCUUCGUGACGAUUCUCUCCGGGACAUUCCUCCUCCACAAGACCAAGGACAUGCCCGACGGUGUGCCCCCCUCCCUCCUCCCUCCCCUCUCCUCCAUGUAUCUUCUACCCUGAAGAAUCUGACCUGGUUUCUCCCUUCCUUUGCAGGGCUCUCGCCUUCUUUCUCGAUGCGGUUCCCGAAGCACUCGGACGACGAUGGCUUCCCCGCCGAGGGCAUCCCCCUGAGAAACCAGGAGUCACUGCGGCUGAUGCCUCCGUAG